AUGGCAUGGAAUGAAAGAUUCACUAGCUUUCUACCAUCCUUGGGGUUCCUCUCCACAUAUGCAGAUUCCUCAUUGUUUGUCAAGACUGUGGGUACCUCUGUGGUGAUUUUACUGCUAUAUGUGGAUGAUAUCAUCAUCACAGGGAGUGCAACACAAGCUAUUAAUGCAGUUAUUCAAUCUUUAACUCAUGAAUUUGAUAUCAAAGACUUGGGGCCUCUUCACUAUUUUCUGGGCAUCCAAAUUGUGCAGAAAGAGGAUGGUGUUUUCUUAUCUCAAGAUAAAUAUGUCACAGAUUUGUUACUUAAAUCUGAAAUGUUGCUCUCCAAACCCUGUGCUACACCAUGUUUGCCAUAUAAUCGUUUACUCAAAGAUGAUGGCAAGCCCUAUAAUAAUCCUGCUUUAUACAGAAGCUUAGUUGGUGCUCUCCAGUAUUUGACAUUUACUCGACCUGAUAUAUCCUUUGCAGUGCAUCAGGUUUGUCAGUUUAUGCAGUGUCCAAUGGAGUCCCAUUUUUUGGCUGUUAAGCACAUCCUCCGCUACUUAAAGGCUACACAAGGUUGUGGUCUUCACUAUAUCAAAGGUUCAUUAGAGAUUACUGCCUAUAGUGGUGCAGACUGGGCCGGGGAUCCUAAUGAUCGAAGGUCUACUACUGGAUUGGUUGUUUUUCUGGGUUCUAAUCCAAUUUCAUGGUCGUCUAAGAAGCAAAACACAAUCUCUUGGUCAUCCACGGAAGCUGAGUAUCGGGCUUUAUCUACAAUUGCAGCUGAACUUGAUUGGAUCAAACAACUGUUGCUGUUUCUUCACGUUCCACUGUCUGUACAACCUGUUCUGCUUUGUGACAAUUUAUCUGCUAUAGCUCUUACGUGUAAUCCAGUUCAGCAUCAAAGAACUAAGCACAUUGAGAUUGAUGUGCACUUUGUUUGA